GACUCGGGACGGUCGGUCUCCUGCUGCUGGGUCGCUCGCAACUCCUCGCCCCCUCGCGGACCGCGCCGCCGCACGCCGGUGAAAUCGAACUGCUCCUAGCGGCAAGGUGCUGUCAGAACUCUAGAACUCGUCAACAAAACUCCAGAGAGUACUCUCCACAGAGGCCGCUACUGUUGUACAGCGGAGGUUCAUAUUGCGAGCUGUGAUUUCACUGCCGGUCGUAAUAACAGGAGGCCGCGAUGCGCCUGAAGGACGCCGACUGUGCUGGUGUUGUUGCCGAGCCGCGUCUGCAUAUCCGUAACGCGUCGCAGCUGCCGCACAGGGACCGCAACCGGAACACCGCGGCCACGGCGGCCGACGCCGCCCACCACCUCAUCAACAGUAACGGCACACAAUGGGCAAGCAACUACGAGGAGACGACGCAGACCAUUGUGAAGCACAGCAACAACUUCAACAACAACUGCAACAACAACAUCAGCGUGCGCCCGCGGUCCAGCCACAGCAUCGCCAGCUCAGAGUUCAUGUCCGAGUCCUCUCCAGAUGACAGCAUAGGCGACUACGAGGACCCCGGAGCUCAGAGCAGCAGUUCGUACGGCGCGGGCCACGACAGCGAGGCGUGCGGCGAGGAGGGCAGCGUGCUGAGCGUGACGAGCACGAGCACGAGCAGCAGCGGCGGAGGGCGGCGGCUGGGGCGCGCCUGCUACGCCGACGACAGCGACGAGUACAGCGACGUGGGCUCGGUGAGCAGCGACGACGGCAACUGCCGGCCGCCGUCUGCGCCCGCGCGCGGCUUCGCCAACCCCAACUACCCGGGCUUCCAGCACCUGGCGCGCCGGCUCGCGCGCUCCCCGGGCGCCGACGGCGACGACUCGUCUGCCGACGAGGUCGAGCCGGAACCGGGGCCGGAGCCCGAGGUCGACGACGACGACAACGAGGCCUGCAACAAUAACAACAACAAUAAUAAUAACAACAAUAACAACAACAACCACGACGACAACAACAACCAGGAACAGGAGGACGAGGAAGAUAUCCUGGCGAGCAAGAUAGACAGCAUCAACCACUUGGACAGCGUGGAGAAUCUGCAGAAGGCGUCGCUGUACGACAAGCCCAAGUUCAACAUCCCAGUGGACGGGGAGGUGGACGAGGUGCUGGUGGUGAAGGACCUGAACGUGCCCACGCCGCUGCUGCCCCCAGAGGCCCCGGCAGUCACCGCUAGCACCGGCGCCGGCAGCAUGGCGCUGGCGCUCGCCGCCUCUGCAGACAAGAUGUCCGAUGCCUUCCUGUCGGGGGCCAAGGACGAGCUGGCGCCCAUCAAGAUGGCCACCGGCGACGACUCCUGCUCAGCGUCCGCCGCCGGCGCAGGUGAGGAGGACUCGAACCGCUUCGCCCCGGAGGGCGACGACACGGAGGAGACGGAGAAAUUCGCGCUGGAGCGUCGCGAGAAGGACGAGGUGCCGCGCAAGAAGGAGAAGAUGGAGGAGAUCAACUACAGCGUCAAGAAGGGCGGUGGCCAGGUGGACAGCCACCAGACCGCGGGGGCGGCCGCGGGGGCCGUGGUGCGGCGGCGCGGCGGCGACGCCGUGGGCGGGGGCGGCGGGGGCAGCAGUCGCAACAUCUCCCACAGGAGGUCCGUGCCGGCUGCCAAGAAGAAGUCGUCCCCGGAGAUACUCGGAGGCUUUGAUGUCUACAACAUCGAGACUGCGAUGCCCAAGAUCGACCUCGAUGCUAUCGAGUCGCACCUGCGCGCUGCGAGGGAGGAGGAACGGCGGCGGCGCAAUGAUCGUGAGGAAAUUCGUAGGCGACUUGCUAUGGGCUCAGACACAGAUGAUUAUUAUAGUGGUGACCGCCCAGGCAGAAAACCUAGUCUGCAAGCAAGGCUUCAGAGUGUGAAUCUUUCCCCUACAGGGAUGAACCUGCAGAUUUGUUUUAUGAAUGAGACAGCAUCUGAUGUAGAUUCCCCCAGUUCGGACACAGAGACGUCAACGUGUGAUUCAGAGAAGAUGUCACUUUCAAGGAGUCAUACAUUACCAGCCAAGCAGCAGUGCACUUCUGCCACUGGAAUCAGUAUGGGUGCAGCACGGCCAUCUGCAUCUCUCUUGACCCUGCCUUUACAGCAAAAAGAACCUGACUCAUCGCAACCUCUUCCACCCCAGCAGCCACUGACAGAGGCAGACUUCUUUGCUCGACAGGCACGACUGCAAGCUGAGGCACGUCUGGCACUUGCACAGGCAAAGGAAAUGGCUCACAUGCAGAUGGAAGUAGAAAGACAGCGUCAGAAGAAGAGCCCGAUCACUGAAAUGGUGCGCUCAAGCCUAGAAAAGGUUGGCAUCCCAUUCCCAGAAGACAGAAGACGUGUUAGCAGGCAGUUGCUGACAGAAAUGAAUGUUGCUCAACUUCAAGUUAUUGUAAAUGAUUUGCACACCCAAAUUGAAGUUUUGAAUGAAGGAUUGGUUAAGUUCCUGAUGGAUCGUGAUGAUCUGCACAUGGAGCAAGAUUCUAUGCUUGUUGAUAUUGAAGACCUCACAAGAUAUUUGGGUGCCAAAGAACAGUCAGUGAAGGAGCAACAAGAUGUUCAGCUGCUGAACCAGAACAACAAUCUCCUUUCACCCAAGCCAAAACUCAAUAGGAUAGCAGGCUUAGUGAAGAAGUAACAGACAGUAAAAGUCAGAAUAAAUUAUGUAGACUGAAUCUCAUUAAUUAGCAAACUGAAAUUAUCAGUUGCUUUCAAACACACUGAUGUUCCGAUGGUGACAGACAGAAAGCAGUAAUGUGUUGAUGUGAUGUGUUUUGUUCCUUGUGAAAGUGGACAACAAACAGUGAGCAAUGGAAAUGGAAAAAAGCAGACUAAUAGAUUUAAAAUUACAUAUUCAUUCUUAUUUGUUUCCACCUAAGCUUAAUGCUAAUUUUUGUAUUAUUAUGUCUCCUUUUUUGUAUGUGUAGGCUAUAAUUUAUAGUUGUCUCCAAGGACUGAUUUGUGUUAAGUUCUUCUGCAGUGUUACGUAUAGAUUUCAUAUAAAGGUAGUAAGAACUCUGGAAACAAUAUUACUAUUUUCAAAAUAAUUUAUAAUUACAUAAACUUUGUAAAUUGCAACUGUAUUGUGUUCCACUAUGUACAGAGUCUGAGAUUUCAAACACGUAUCAUAACUGUACAUUCCAGUUUUAAGAAAAAUGCAUUUUAUUACAGCUGUGUAGCAUAAUUCAUCAAAAUAUGUUCUGCACAAGAACAGUGUAAUAUCAUUUUGAAUAUGACUGAACAGUUAAUAUCCCUAAGAUUACUAUAGUAGUUAUUCUGGAAACCAUUAACUCUGAACAUUUGAUAUACCAAGCGAUUGGAUUCAAGAUGUAAUUCCAAUAAGCAAUGUGUUUGGAAAAAAUAUUUCUUUACUGAAUUUUGGAUGUUCCUUUCAUAAUAUUUUGUACAUACAUUUACAUUUAAUAAUGAAUUAUAUAUGCAACAGUGAUUUUAGUUUUUGUAAGAAUGGAUAUAAUGUUUAUGUAAUAUAUAUGUGUGUGUGUGUGUGUGUGUGUGUGUGUGUGUGUGUGUGUGUCAUUACUUGUACAACCAGUUUCAAGUAAUUUAAUGUGAACAGUGAGACAGAACACUUUUUCAACUAUUUAUUGACAGUAAUUUAGCACAGAAUGUGGCCAAAGUAAUUCAUAGGUUUCUAUUUUUCUUAUUCUUAUGCAUUACUACUGUGAAAAUUGUGAGCACUGUAUCAGUGAUGUGAAAGCAUUACCCUGUUUUUAUCAUGGGCAGUUCAUAGAUAUGCCAUUUCAAAUAGAGCAGCAAAUCCAGUAAAUUACUUUUUGCAACACCAUGUGACCUGGCAUUCGGCGAUUAUAAUUUCAAAUUCUUACAGUCAAAACCUGAAAUCGACAUGUUGAUAAAAUACUUCAAUUCCAUGCCUACUUUUACUUUAAUAUCAUACAUAAAUUGCACUUUGUAUUGUCCUCCUUUGUUAUCUUCAUCAGAUGUGCAAUAAUCUGCUAUACUUUCAAAGAAACAUAUCAAAUGUCCCACCUAAGACAAAUGCCCGAAAUAUAUUGAUUCGAGAUAACUUAUGUGGUUAUUACAGCAAGUUGCAUUUUUUGUACAUGUCUUUAUCAUGUACUAGUAAUUGAUGUAAACGGAGGAAUACGUCACACACACAAAGAGAGGGAAGAAAGGGAGUGAGAACUACAGAAAUUAGUGACAGGCUCAAUGGAGGCAGAGAAAGAGAAACAUAGAGAGUGACAAUGGCAAUAUACGUGAACAGAAAUGAAAGAGAAGAAUUACAAUUUAAAGAGGAUGGAAUAAGACUGGAUGAACAGGAGUGAGGUCUGCAUCCUACUUUCUUGAAAAUUAUGGAAUAUGUGUUAAUUAUCAGUUACUGAAUGGGAAACAGUAAGCUCUUGAGUUUCAGCACAGUUUGUUGAGAUCAGUACACAAAUGUGUUUGAAUUCAAUACAAGGAAUAUAUUUCACAUGAAAAAAAUUGUUGUAUGUCUUAUUACAUGCAUUUCAGGAUAACCACACAGGUUUUAGACUUAGAUGAAACAGUGGCAGAAAGAGUAAUGCAUGGGCAGCAUGUACUGUAGCACUGGACAGAUUAUAAUAGUUAAAAGAUUUUUGUGUGCACUUAUUUUUGCACAUGUUCCUUUCAGGGCAGGGCAGAAAGACAGCAGUGCUUAAUCAUUAUGUUGGCAGGAAGAGUUUAGAACAGAUUAUGUAAAAAUGAUAGGUGCCAAAUACCAAAUAUAUAAUCAGAUGUUGGUAAAUUAACUGGAAAAACUGUUUAUUGGCAAUCAGUCUCAGGUAAAUGUAGCAUAUGAAUUAUUUUUAAGUCAACAAUGCAUGUUCUAAGAUUUACUGCAUGAGAAAUGAUAUCUUGACCAAACUGAGGAUACAGAACAUUUGCAUUAUAUGGAAAAGAUGAAAUGAUACACUCUCAAAGAUUGGGCUAUUUCUGGACUCUGUGGGAUAUGUCGAUGUCCUGUAAGCUGCUGGGGGACCUGUCACUAGAAAUUUAAUUUGUGUAAACUAUUUAAAUUGCUGAGUUAUUUUCAGGUCACAUGUGUUUUAAGUAGUGUAGUGUUCUCUUCCUACAACCUAUACAGGUUAGGAUGUUCUCAUUAAGACCAGCCUUUUAACUCCUUACCAGUAGUCACCUGCACAGUAGGAAUAUGGAUACUGAAGAAGUCUUUUUAGUGCUUUAUCAAUACCAUUGAUUUCAUUCAUAAAUCUAUUGAUUAAAAUUCUAAAUAAGUCAAAAAUAAUAUGGAAUUUCUUCUUUUUUGCUAUUGAUUUUCAUAUUUAUUGUUUCUUUGUACCUUCAUCUAUUAGUGCUUUUUAUUAUUAUUUCUUCAGUUCAUGUCCUCCUCAUCAUUUGUGUGGGCUUCUGUCUGAUCUGGCAACUGUUUUAUUUUUGAUGCUUCCUGCCCCUGUCUUCUCAAUUUUUAAAUAUUUCAUUUGUCAAAAUAUCAUCAUUUGCAUUCCAGUUUAUAACAGUACACAAUUUUAAUGAAGAGAUAAUUGAUGUUCAGCUUCAAUACCAUUAGUAGCAACAGAGGUAAUAUCUGUUCGGAUGAUUAAAGGCAUUUUCAACUAUAAAAGUGUCAUAUCAAAGAUUGUGCUGAACUAAGAACUACUGGUGAUAUAUAUUAUAUAAUGGCAUAUUUAUGAAAUUAUUAUUAAUUGAAAUCUUUGACUAUGUCUUGAGAUAGCUCAGAAUUAAACAUUCCAUGAAUUAUUCACACGUUCACACCCACUUCUAUCAUUUCUAACCCAUAUAAAACAUUUAAUGCUUUUUGUGCUAGUGUGAAUGUUGAUGCUAAUUGUUGUACGAAAUAUUAUAUUAAAUGAUUGUAAAUAACAUUUUUAGACAUGUUAACAUCUGUCCUGUAGUUUCAUGUAUUUUAGAUUGGAACCAACUUAACGUGUGACAGUGAUUUUGUUUGUUUGUGUGUGUGUGUGUGUGUGUGUGUGUGUGUGUGUGUUUUGUUUAGUUCCUGUUCAGUUGUAUAAAGAUGUGAUAACACGUAGCUGCCAUUUGAUCUGUCAAGUCUUCAAUACAAGGUCAUGUGGAUACUGAAUUAAUCCAAUGCACCAUAUAUUCUGUAGUGAAAGUAGCAAUCUGAAUAUAUGUUGUUGAUACUGAAGCUUGUUAUCUGCUGCUUAAAUGCACUCAAAACAUAUAACUGUUAACUUGUAAGUGCAUCAUUUUACAUGUUCCAGGUCUCUUAGACUAGGGGCCAAAUUGUAACUGUGCAUCCACAUCAUAUUAACAGAACUUGCUAUAUGCAGCUUUAAAGAUAAAAUGUCUCUCAUUAAAAUGCUUUGUGAUAUUUGUUAAAUAAAAUAAUAUGAUGUCUUGCUUGUUCCGGGUGAUUGCAGGCAAGCUCCUCCAGUUCUGUUGUACAAACAUGUCAAAAUUGAAUGAAAGAGAAAUAAGAAUAUUUGCAGCCAUAUAA